GACAUUGUAACAAAUGUUUCUCCAAGGAUAAUACGUGGAGCUACCACAGGUCCCAUGUAUGGUCCCGGUCAAGGUUCCUUCUUGAACAUUGAGCUCAUAAGUGAGAAAACAGCAGCUUAUUGGUGCAGGAGUAUUUCUGAAUUGAAGUCAGACUUCCCUGACAAAAUUGUCAUUGCCAGCAUCAUGUGCAGCUAUAAUAAGAAUGAUUGGACUGAGCUUUCAAAAAUGGCUGAGGUUUCUGGAGCUGAUGCCCUGGAGUUGAAUUUAUCAUGCCCGCAUGGCAUGGGAGAAAGAGGCAUGGGACUGGCUUGUGGGCAGGAUCCAGAGCUGGUACGCAACAUCUGUCGUUGGGUGAGGCAAGCUGUUCAGAUUCCUUUCUUUGCCAAGCUGACGCCAAAUGUCACAAACAUUGUGAACAUUGCGAGGGCUGCCCAAGAAGGCAAUGCAGAUGGUGUCACAGCCACCAAUACUGUGUCUGGGUUGAUGGGACUGAAGGCAGGUGGCAUACCUUGGCCUUCUGUAGGGCGCAGCAAAAAGACCACCUACGGCGGAGUAUCAGGAAAUGCCAUCAGACCAAUAGCUCUUCGAGCUGUUUCUGCAAUUGCGAAAGCUCUUCCUGGUUUUCCUAUCUUAGCAACAGGAGGCAUUGACUCAGCUGAAAGCGGUCUGCAAUUUCUUCAUAGCGGUGCUUCUGUUUUACAGGUAUGCAGUGCAAUUCAGAAUCAAGACUAUACCGUAAUUGAUGAUUACUGCACAGGGCUAAAGGCUCUGCUAUAUCUGGAAAGCCUUGAGGAACUUCAAGACUGGGAAGGACAGAGCCCGCCAAGCAUACAGCAUCAAAAAGGAAAACCUGUACCCAAAAUUUCCGAGUUGAUUGGAAAG